UCUUAAGGAUAUGCCUUUCCCUAUUUGCCUAUUUUCUUGUAGUUGAAGAAAAAAUAAUUAUCCCACAGUCCAGUUCUCUUAUUUUAAAAAGGUGGAAAUAAUGAUGUCAACUCCAUUAGACUGUUGUGGGAAUUACAUUCAACCACACAUUUACUGUGCUUCCUUAGUUAUUAUUACUGUCUUGUUUGAUUUUAAACUGUUGACACUGACAGAUACAUACUGGUAGUUUGAAAUAGCAAUUGGAUAGCUAUGUUUGAAGCCUAAACCUUUAAUUUUUUCAUGCCUAUAGUAUUGUAGUAGUCAAUGUUCUUGCCUACAGUACUGUAGCAGUAGGGAACUUCUGUUUUCUGUUGAUAUAAGACAGAUAAAUACGUUCUUUCUUACGCCACUACGUCCAGUGUAUAAAGAACAGGGUUCAUACAAGACCUGAGGGUGUGAUGACGGAUGGCUGUCCUGAUCUUAAAAACAGUGAUUGCCUCCCUGGGGUAUUUGACUCCUUUAAACAGUAAUGUCCAUUCAGAGGCUCACAAUAUAAACAUUAUCUAUAGAACACAAACUUAACUAGGCAUCUCUUAGUGAAUAUAAUCUGCUAAUUGCAAGCUGGGAAACCUGCCUUUCUAGUUGUGGUUUAUGAUCAACCUUAUGACACCUAGAGUGUGUCAGUUUUCAGAUCUGUAAAACCCAAGAUCAACAGAGACUUCACAUUCUCUCUGUCUCUCUCUGUCUCUCUCUCUCUCUGUCUCUCUCUCUGUGUGUCUUUCUCUCUGUCUCUCUGUCUGUGUGUGUAUUUAAAGUUUAUCAUCUCAGAGUUUUUCUCUCAUCAUGUAUGGAGGUCUCUACAACAUCAGAACCAACUUUCAUACACUCAGUAGCAGGGUUUGUGCUUUGUGAUGGCAGCUUGCAACAUUGCCGAAUCCGAAUCCGAACAUCAGACACUGAUGUGUACUUCACGUUCAGAAAUCACUUGGCACCGGAAUGGACCACUUGUGCUGAAAUCCCUGAGUUAGCUGACAGUAGUUCUGAAGAAGCAACUGAGGCCGCUAUAGACAGACAGACAAACAGAACAGAACUGGAGCUCCUGCCCUUCUGCUGUAGGAAGCUAGCGAUAGCUUUGAUGUAGGCGAAUCCUAUAUGUAGCCUCUCAUUUAUCUUCCUUCAAGAUUGAUUUUAUCAGCUUUGCCAAGUCAGUGGGACAACUUCCCCUCAUGAAAGGUUUAAAGAUGCCACUUCUUCACAUGCCUAGAGAAUUCCAUUUGCUCACAUAUCUAUGCCUGUCAGCACACCUUUGAUAAGAUUUUAUUUUAUUGUAAAAUUGUUGAAGACCUUAAAAAAAAAACAAGAGUAUUUGAUAGAGGUAUCCAAAUUAGUUUCUUUCAUGGUUUUUAUUUUUUGAGGCGGGUGGGGGGCACAGAGGACAGUGUUGUUUUUGUUUUUUGAGACAUGGAUUCUUUGUGCAAUAUUCCUGGAUGGCCUGGAACUCGCUUUGUAGACCAGGCUGGCCUCAAACUCACUGAGAUCUGCCUGCCUCUACCUCCCAAAUGCUGAGAUUAAAGGCAUGAGCCUCCACCGCCCAGCUUCCAAACCAGUGCUCUUCAGAAGAGCAAGGACAAGUUUUGGCUCUUUGCAAUAAUUGUUUACAAGUUGGGUUUACCAUUCCUGCCAUUCAUCGCUGAGACAUGUUGCACAUCAUUAAUUAAUUUUUUGUCUUUUGGUUAAAUCAAGAUAAGCAAUGAAUUCAGAAGCAAUUAUGCAAGGACAUUUGUAGUCCUCUUGUGGAAGGUCAUAUGUGUAGAGGUUUCCAAUUAAGAGUAACAUACCUGUCAUCAUGACCUACCAUUUGCUAUGAAGAAACAUAAUACGCUAGCCUCUGUGGCCAUAUGGAGCAAAUUGGUCUUUGUAUGUGGAUUUUGGAGUCAGGGUGCUGUGUUCAUGCUCUGUGAGUUUGGGACAAAUCCUUUAGUUUCUCCAAGCUUCAGUUUCAUUAUUCUUCUUCAUUAUACAAUGAAGAGAAUUUUCCUGAAAUUGUUGGAACACCUAUGUUUAAGCAUAUAAGAACACAGCUGCUACCUGAUGUGGUGGCACACGCUUGUAACCUGAAACUCCGGAAGUAAAGGCGUGAGAUCAAGGACUUCAGGAGCCAACCUACGCUACCUAAUGGGACACUGUUGAAAAUUCCUGUCUGGGAAGGUAGCUCAAUGAACUAAUAAAGACGAAAGUGGAGAUUUGCAAAAUAAAAAAGGGGUUCUUAAAGAAGAAAGGGAAUGCAGGAGAAUGCUAGAAUACACCAACUUCAACUAGACCAAGCCUGCCAAGGAUGUCCAAGCUGGCAACUCCGGGCGGAGUCCAGACGUGAAGGCGGGGUUUCUAGACGUCCCGGCCCUGCCCGAAGGCUCUCGGGGCGGGACUUCCUGUUAGAGCAAGCCCGUUACCUCCGGAAGAGCCGAGCCCUCGACCCCAGCAGUUGCGCAUCGCCGUGCGCUCACGCGAGAAGAUGGCGGACCCCUGGCAGGAAUGCAUGGACUAUGCGGUCACCCUCGCAAGACGAGCUGGAGAGAUGAUUCGUGAAGCUCUACAAAAUGAGGUGAAUGUCAUGAUUAAAAGUUCUCCAGCUGACUUGGUAACAGUUACCGACCAGAAUGUUGAAAAAUUGCUUCUCUCUUCAAUAAAGGAAAAGUACCCAUCUCACAGUUUCAUUGGGGAAGAAUCUGUGGCCGCUGGGGAAAAGACAGUCUUCACAGACAAGCCCACGUGGAUCAUUGACCCUAUUGACGGCACGACCAACUUUGUGCAUAGGUUUCCUUUUGUAGCUGUUUCAAUUGGCUUCGUUGUAAAUAAACAGAUGGAGUUUGGAGUUGUGUAUAGCUGUGUGGAAGAUAAGAUGUAUACUGGCAGGAAGGGAAAAGGAGCCUUUUGUAACGGUCAGAAGCUUCGGGUCUCACAACAGGAAGAUAUUACCAAAGCACUCUUGGUGACUGAAUUGGGCUCAUCCAGAAAGCCAGAGACGUUACGGAUCGUUCUUUCCAACAUGGAAAAGCUCUGCUCCCUUCCCAUCCACGGAAUCCGGAGUGUUGGAACAGCUGCUGUUAAUAUGUGCCUUGUGGCAACUGGAGGAGCAGAUGCAUACUAUGAAAUGGGGAUCCACUGCUGGGACAUGGCAGGAGCUGGCGUCAUCGUCACCGAGGCAGGUGGAGUGCUGAUGGAUGUGACAGGUGGACCAUUUGAUUUGAUGUCUCGGAGAAUUAUUGCUGCAAAUAAUAAAGCAUUAGCCGAAAGAAUAGCCAAAGAAAUUGAGAUAAUACCUUUACAAAGAGAUGAUGAAAGCUAGUUGGCACAGGACAGUGUCCAGCCCCUUCACACCUGCUGACCCUGGGAUGUUUGUGAUGUAUGAUGUCACUGUGUUUGUGAUGUAUGAUGUCACUGAUUUAAAUUUGUCUUUGAGGUCCUGAUUUUAAAAUGGGAACAUUUCAGAUGGCAUACACAAAAUUAGAUGGAAUAUUUGAUUGUUGAAAGAAAUUUGCAUGGGGAAAGUAUCCAGGAAGUCUAGUUAACAAACUUGCCGUGGAAUAAUCACCAGUCCUCAUAAUCCCCUUAAAUUUUAGUAUGCUAUUUAUAUGCACAAUUCUCAAUUGUAAAGUUUUCGUUUUGUAAAAGUCUUUCUCUUUCUUCCAAAAGCCUUCUUUAGUUGUGUGUGUGACUCUAAGCAGGCUCCUUUUGUUGUAUUAUUCUCUGUAAUCUGGCACUGGUGCAGUACCUGUCAGUGGGCCAUCUAAAGUCCGCAGCUAACGCGAGUGCCUGGAGCUGCAGUUCCUGUUCUGAAGUUAGUUCACUUCCCUGUCCUUCUAAUAUUCCCUAUUGCCAUUUCACAGGACUGCCAGAGACGGUUGCUUAUUGUGGGCAUUUCUGCAGUUAGUACAGUACUGUAUGUUGCAGGUUCUGUCUACAGCCCCCAUGCCGAGAAAUUUCACAGCAAUCUUUCAGGUAUCUGCUGUAGUUAGUUACAGUGUAACAUUUUACAAAAUGCAGUAUUCACAUUCAGAUACUUCAACUGAUUGUGGCUGUGCUUACGAUGUACUGUGGCAUUAAUGGUGAACUAUUUGAUUUCUUUCCAAACUCCUUGCUUAAUUUCAUCACUGCUGUCUUUAUAGUCUAUAAGGAUCUUGGGCCUCUCAAACCCAAGAAGAAAAUUUAAUGGUUCCUGUUCCUUUUGAAAGGAUUAAUUUAUUGUUUACUUUAUUAUUUUAGCCUUGGCCCUUGGCAUAUGAGCAGAUCUUUCUUUUUUUGUUUUGUUUUGUUUAUUUGUUUUUCAAGACAGGGUUUCUUUGUGUAGCAGUCCUAACUGUCCUGGAACUUGCUCUUAUAGAUCAGGUUGGCCUUGAACUCACAGAGAUCUGCCUACCUCUGCCUCCCAAGUUAAAGAUGUGUGCUACCACUGUGUGCCCCCCCCCCUCACUAUGAAUAGAUACUUUGUUCUUAGUAUGUUUGAGCCUGGCCUUUGAUAAAAUAAAGUGUUCUUGUAAGUUUGAAGGCAGGAAUGAUUUUAUUAUUGGACGAUUAGAUUAGACAUAUUAGAUCUCUGUGACACUCUGAUUUGGGCUCUGUAAUUGAUAUAUUUCUGCUGUUAGCCACAUGACUUAAACAUCACAUACCAUUAAAUCCUGUUACAAGACAGGUUAUUUUGGGGAUUAGAUUUAUUUUAAGACUAUUACAAAUAACGUUUUAUUUUUCUGUAUGUAUUUAUGUAUCCCAGGCUGGCCUCAGAAUUGUUAUGUAGCUGAUGAUGAACUUGAACUCCUGAUGUCCCUGCCCUUACUCUCUCUGAGUUCUGAGAUACAGAGAGACCAGCAGAGCACCAUCAUGUCGCUAGUGCUGAACCCAGGACCUCAUGCGUGCCAGAUCAGCAUCCCAGCCCGUGAUUAACAUUUAAAUUAAAAAUGUAAUUAAUGAUAUAUUA